AUGACAAAACGGGGGCGUGGAUGGGCGAAAUCCAAGGUGCCACCAUCGCCGGAGAAUCAUACAAAGCCAGAGGUUCAGGGGGAAAAGCCAAGUACAAAAACAAAAUCAGAUGAUGAUGUUUUCAACAACAAUGAGAAAUCCAAGAUUGAGCGAUCGGAAACCCUAACGGAAGAUGUGAAAUCGAUGCCGAAGGAACAAAAACUUUAUAUGGAUGUUCUUAGCGAUAACUGGGACCUGCAAAAGAAUUGA